GAUCGUUGAAAAUUGUCAUCUUUAGCGAUAGGUAAUUUUCGUACAUUAAAAGUAAACGAUCUUGAAUAAUAUUUUGGUAAAUAAUAAUUAGUGUCUAACAAAAUAUACUCUUGUCAUCGUGUUUGUGAAAUUUAUGUUACUUGAGAUGUUACGUCUGUGAAUAACAAGCCAAACAUUGCUCUCUAAAAUAUGUCAGAUUACCUAGUGCCUUCAACUAAUAAUCUUCAAUGAAAAAGUUGAAUAUUUCAACUAAAAAAUAUAUAAUUGGUGGUGUUAUUAUUUAUUAUCGUUGUUUUAAGUCUGUUACUUAUGAGCAUGGGCAGACUUUUUAAUUGAGAUUUUCUACAUUUGCAUAUUAGACGAAUCUUAGAAAACUACCUAGAACGAUGUCAUCUGUACCUGGUCUGAACCUAAAAAGUAUAUGAAAAAGCAGUAUUCAAUACCGAGCUGUACCACCUACUUGCUCACAGUACAAAACCAUGUUACACGACAAAGUGAAAGUUAGACUAUACCCUUUCAGUAAUUAUUCAAAACAGACGUACGAAAAAGAAGCGUAACAUCAAAAUUUACGGAUAUGCCAGGAUUGGUGGUUUUCAGAAGAAGAUGGAGUGUAGGUUCAGACGAUCUGGUUGUACCAGGAGUGUUCCUUUUUACAGUACAUUUAAUAUGGACCAUUAUAUUGAGUGUAGUACUCUUCCUACUGAAGUACGACAGAAGCGUUCAAUGUAUUUUCUUAAUGUGGGGUUUAAUUGUAGGAUACCUAGCACUUUUAAUUCUUUCCAUGGUCACCGAACUAUGCAUUUGUGUAGUGGCCAUGCGUGGAAGCAUACUAGAUACAGGCAAAAGGGCCUCGAUGCAGUACAUACUCUACCUCAGACUAACUGUGAUGAUCAUAGAAGCUGCGUGGCUAUCAGCAGGAAUAGCCUGGCUAGUCAAAUAUUAUUUAGAUUGCCCCGCAGAUAACGCCAAGGAAUUUGUUAUAGUAAUGGUGAUUUUCAAUUGGUGCAUAUUAUUCUCGGUUAUAAUAACAGUAUGGUGUACUUACGACAGUGCCGGGCGUUCAUGGGUAAAGAUGAAACAGUACCAAAGAUCUAUGCGGGAGUCAGAAUCAAAGUUCCAGUACAAACGAUCAGGUAGCACAAGGAAUUGGAGACAAAGGAAGGUGCUUAGAGCGUAUCAAGAUAGUUGGCACAAUAGAUGCCGCUUUCUGUUUUGUUGUUCAACGUCCAACGACAGAAAUCGAAAUUCUUUUGCUGACAUCGCCAGAUUAUUAUCUGAUUUCUUUAGAGAUUUAGACGUCGUACCUUCGGACGUAAUAGUUGGCUUAGUAUUACUUCGAAAAUUUCAAAAAAUCGAACAGAAAGCCAUCGUUGAGCAGCGUAAAAAUGAAACUUACGAAUUCCUCUCAGGCGUUGCUGUCACACCAACAACACAGUUCUUGUCACUGCAUGAAGAUGGAUCUGACUUAGAGCUUUUUCAGACGGUUAUACAUUUCGCUCAUUAUGCAGUAAGAGCAUAUGGAUGGCCAGUUUUCAUAGUAACGAAUACCUUUGGACUAUGCCAGUUAUGCGCCGGAUUAAGGUGUUGCUGUUGUGCGCCCUGUCGUAAGCAUCCAUCAUCUCCACAAAUUGUAGACGAUAAUUGCUGCCAGUGUAAUUACGCAGCGUUGGAUAAAUUAAGCGAAAUCGGAGAUAUUGAAAUAAUAUACGCUACUUACCAUGUAGAUAUAGGACAGACACCCUUUUUCGUAGCCUUAGAUUAUGAUAGAAAAAAAGUUGUGAUAAGUAUUAGAGGCACUUUAUCUAUGAAAGAUAUUUUGACGGAUUUGAAUGCUGAGGGAGAAACCUUACCGUUAGAUCCUCCAAGAGAAGAUUGGUUGGGGCAUAAAGGUAUGGUCCUAGCAGCACAAUAUAUUUUGGAUAAAUUAGAUGAAGAGCAACUAGUAGAAAGAGCUUGGGCGCAUAAUCCCGAAAGGGGAACUGCUGAUUUUGAACUAGUCAUUGUUGGGCAUUCAUUAGGUGCUGGAACUGCUAGCAUAUUAGGUAUAUUGAUGAGGCAAAGACAUCCGACUCUUCAGUGUUUUUGUUAUUCUCCACCCGGUGGUUCAUUAUCUACACCUGCUGUAGACUAUACCAAACAGUUUACUGUGUCUGUGGUAGUAGGUAAAGAUGUAGUUCCUAGGAUUGGUCUGUAUCAAAUGGAAACUCUUAGAACGGAUCUUAUUAAUGCCAUAAAACGAAGCGUUGAUCCUAAAUGGAAAACGAUUUCGUGCAGCGUGCUGUGUUGUGGAUGUUCGCAACCAACAUCAGCUGUCGAAUUAUCAACUGGAGAAAAGGAUGUAACGGAAUAUAUGAGAAGUAAAGAAAAUGCACGAUGUUUAGGUUUGCACCCAUCGGAUAGUACAAUAGCACUAACUAGUCACCAGCCUUUAUUCCCGCCUGGACGAGUUAUUCACAUCGUAAGGCAUCAUCCUACAUCUGGGCAACAAACGUUAAACAAAAAGGAUCCAGUUUAUCAGGCUCUUUGGGCCCGAAACACCGACUUCGACGAAGUUCUCAUCUCACCUGUAAUGAUACAGGACCACAUGCCCGACAAAGUAUUGGAAGCCCUCAACAAGGUUGUAACUUCCAAAGGUCCCAAAAAACCUCAACGUUCAGCUUCCACCAGUGAACCUUCCUCCAAUUAUUAUUCGGCCACUUCAAUACCAAACUGUUUACUCGAAACAAGUUUUACCUCUCUUCAAAGUCCUUCUAGCAAUUCGUCCAUUACUAACGGCUACUACUCCACUAGAAGCCAACCGUCCCCUCUUUCUUCCACGCCCAAUACCAUUUGCCCAUCCAUUCCCGUAAUGAAGCUACAGCCGUCCCGAGAAGAGCCGAAGACCAUUAGCCGAAGUUUGAGCCUCAGUCUUAGAAGUACUAGCACGCCAAAGAUGGAUUUGAUACACGAUGACUGGCUGGGACUCGCACCAUUGGCUAGUCCAGAAAGUGUUUCCGAUUUAUCCAGCAUUAGUUCUAGAGCUAGCCUCGUCACAACGAGUAACGUUAUUGUCGAAAUAAAUUGUACACCAAAGAUCUUGCGCAGAACUCCAAAAAUUAUAGGUAGCUUAAGUUCAUGCGCUGAUGAUAUAAGGAAUAUUAGAAACUUUCAAAAAGCGAAAACGUUUAAAACGAGACUUCUUAUUAAUAAUAACAUCGAAAGUUCGUCAAGUAGUAACUUAAGUUACGAAUCAGCUUCAAGUAGUACCAAAUGUUGCCAAGAAACCAGUACGAUAGGAAGCAGUUGCGGUAUUAACCAAUGCGGAGAAAUUGACUGCGAGCCUAGCGAUGCUGAGUUUCAAUCGGCUGAAGAUAUUUUAGAUAAUGUGCUUGCUAGUGCAGGAUGUAAAGAAUUUUUUAACUCAGAUUCAAAUAUAUUAGAAACUCAUUUUGAUUUUCUACAAGAUCUCCCCUCCGAAAGCACAGCUUCAGGAUAUUUCGGCACUUCCCCAACUUUUUCUACGGUUAUGUCUCCAUCGACACCGAUCGCAAUGGACCAAGAUAUGAUAUCCAACCUUGCAAUUGAUCUUAAUCUCGACGAAGAUCAUCGAGCCAUCCGUUUUCAAAAACCUUCUAGUCAACCCUCCAGCAGUGUAGAUUCCGGUAGCGUUUGUCGAACUCCUUCUGAUAUUACUAAGAACGUUACGUUUAAUCCCGAAGUCAUUACCGUCGACGCCAUAAUGUGCGAGCGAAGGUAUUCACCACCACGAUGGCGGCAAUUAUUUCGUGGAAAGCACUCUCGGCAAAGAACUGAUGUGACUUCUCCGAUAGUCGAAAUAAACCCAAGUGCGGUACCAAUAAAGACUAUUUUGUCGGUAAAAAGGCGAAGUCAUGAGGAAACUGAUGUAUCGCAGUGUCCUCCAUCCACUAGUGCGGCCGUUAAGAAUAUUUUAUCGCAUAAGCAGAAUGAGGAGGGAGAUCAUUGUUUUUCAAGGACAGAACAACUUCCGCUUUUAAGUGGUUUAAAUAACAGUGGUAGUGAAAGAAAACCUAGUCCUUGUUACGUAAGAAGGAAAAAGUAUGUUUAUCCUUCUGAUAUUGUCAUGAUGUCACAACAGCCAAAUGAGAGUACUGUUUAAUAUUAGUGUUAUUAAUAAUUUAUAAAAUAGAUUAUAAAUACCUCGAUUUUUUUAAUGUUAUGUAUAUAUAAUUAAAGUAGAUAUAUAUU